UGAGGAAAUAUUCUUACAUUAUCGCUUGCUGCUACUAAUAAUGGCGUUACCCAUGAUGCCUGGAAAUUCAGUCAACAGAAAUCUUGGAAGAGAAAAAUUCCACAAAUCUCAGCAUUUUGAUUAUUCAAAUGGAGUAGCCAUGAUGGUUGGUACAGAGAAGCCAGGCAUAGGAGGAGAACUGCUUCUUGGGCAGAGCACAAGACCCAAGUAUUCACUUUUUCCAAAGAGAGAAGGUGGUGAUACUCCGGCAUGGGUUGCCUUUAACAAACAGGUCCUGUGUUUUGAUGCUUAUUUCCAAGAAACUGUACCUCAGAGGAGGGAAGAAAAAUAUAGAGUACGAAAGUGCAAGAUUUACUUCUACCUGGAGGAUGACACCAUACAAGUAGUGGAGCCAGAACUCAAAAACAGUGGGAUCCCACAGGGAACCCUCAUUCGGCGCCACCGUAUUCCUCUCCCAGCUCCUAAAGAUGAUUGCUUCUACAAUGUGCACCAUUUCAACAUCAAUCAGGAAAUAUUGCUCUAUUCCAGGACCUUUAUGAUAACAGACUGUGAUCCCUUCACACGCAACUUCUUGAUGAAAAUGGGGGUGCGCAUAAACCCCCCUGCUUCCGCACCAGCAGAUCCCUAUUCCACACUUCGACAAGAGAUGGAGGAGAACAUGAAGCCACGGCGGCCGUAUGAAAGACUGGAUACCAUGAAGCAGUUUUUGGAACAUGACCGAAAAGUCCUGCGCUUCUGCUGCUACUGGGAUGAUACUGAGAGCAUGUUUGGAAACCUCAGAGAGAUGGUCUUGCAUUAUUUCCUGGCAGAUGACACCAUGGAAAUUUACGAAGUUGUCCCUCCAAACUCAGGUCGAGAUGCUGUCCCUAAAUUUCUGCACAGGGGCAAGCUUCCCAAGAAUGCUCCUAUUCCCAAACGUCAGCCUGGAGAAAUAACAGACCGCACAGUCCUCAAUGUAUUUGGACCAGUUGGACAAGGAGGACGCUACAUUUUGGAUAGCCUCAAAACUGGAGCAUUAGAUGAAGAAGUAUACAAAGACUGUGACCUGAUCAUUGGAGGCGUCAUUAACGUGUGGGGUCGUAGGGUCUUGUUAUGUGACUGCGACAACUUCACUAAAGAGUAUUAUCGCUCCAAAUAUGGUAUUGAGGAUUUCACACCCGUCUCAUUCAAGGCCCCGCCCCCUCCUAAGCCAGCCAAACAGGUGCCACCCUACACUGGAUUUGGAUCUGAGGAAGAUUCGCUCUGCUCCUGUCAGAGUUUGCUGCCUAAACCUCCACAGAAAGAUUUCAGGAAGCUUUUGGAGAAAGACAGGCAAGGUCUGGUGAGCAAUGUGUUGAGAUUUGUGGGGAAAAUGUUGACUGACAGACCUAUCGACAAAGAACGCGUUUUUAUUAUAUGCCUCUACCUCAGUGAUGACACCAUAGCAGUCUUUGAACCUCCUCAGAGAAACUCAGGUUUGAUUGGGGGUAAGUUCUUAGAAAGAGGUCGAGUGAAGAAGCCAGGACAGGAACUGUUUAAGAGUGAGAAGUCUGAGUAUUACACAGCUCAGGAUUUAUAUGUGGGAGCUCGAGUGGAUUUGAACAAUCAGCCUUUCCAGCUUCUGGAUGCUGAUGAAUUUACAUUCAACUAUAUGGAGCAGCAUGCUGAUGAGUUCCCCAAGGCCAAUAUUGGCACCAUUAUCAGCAAGGUCAAAUCCACCAGUGAGGAACAGCAGAAGAAAGUAAAACAGUUCAUCAUGAUGAGUGACCCAAGCAGCACUGGCUUCAUUCCAUAUGAGUCAUUCAGGACUCUUUUGGCAGAUAUGGACAUUCAGUUGUCUGAACACGAGAUCAUGACUCUGGGUCGCAAUUAUUCAGUGCAGAAACAGCCAGAGGUGAAUGUGGGCCUCAUGCUUGCCAUGGCUCAGGAUCAGCUAAAGAAGAAAAGCUUUGAGAACUUCUCAGAUAUGAUCCGUGCUUUCACACACGAGGACCGGGGCAGAUUCCACCACUGUCGGCAAUCAACGAGAGGAACGUCUGCACUUUUCAGCCAUUUCUUUUUUGGAAGUUUUCUUUCUUUCUUUUUUCUUCAAGCAAGUCAAGCAAGUAGUUUUAAAACAGGUGCUACAGUGGUGGCUGUUAUUGGCAAUGACGCUAUGAAUAUACUGUAUAUAUAUAUAUAUUUAUAUAUAGGGGUUAAAGUGGGCCGUCACCUCUGAUAGAUAUUGCACUCACGUAAAAUGCCCUCAUGGUGGUUGAAUGCAGUAAAGUUAGUUUUAGGUUCGAUAUAUUUCGCCUGACAUUUGUUUUACCUUGCCACUGUUCUAUUGGGUAUUAUAAAGAGAUCAAUAGCAGGAUUAGUUUUAACAUUAUGUACCCAUUGUAUAUAUUGACAUUAAAUAUUUAUUCAAAAUCACCUACGUGCACUCAUGCUGCAUAUUUAUACCUGAGAACGCUUUGACGCGUUUGCACAGCAUGAUGAGGGGACGUCUGCCAAUUCCACCAACUGUGUUAAACGUAUAGCCUAUUGUGUAUUAUUUGAAAUUAAUUUUCAAAUUCCAAAGCUUGUAGAAGGUGGCAAGUACUGACCUGGUAGCCUUGAGUAAAUUAAAUUGUUUAAGAAAAUGAUUCUUAAAACAUAUAAAAAUAAGUUAAGCCUAUGUUUACUUUUUUCACUGACACGAAAAUGAAAGACUAUCAGUCAAAGUUCAGCUUUAGGAAGAAAUAGGGCAGGAUAAGGAGACUGAGAGAAAAAGAAAGAUGUAGAUGAGGAGAGAGCAAGUAUUGACAAAAUAAUCUAAUACCUACUGAUAUGGUUUUAAAGCUAUUUAUUAUACUUUUUUAUUUUUAUUUUUUGGCCUGAAAGAGUCUUAAAUUGUACAUAUGUUGGUCAGAGAACUCAACAUUUUCUCAAGGGACCAUGCCCCCCAACCCCCCUAAAUACCUCACAUUUUAAUGCACAUGUAUGUAGGUGGGGCUGGAGAUGAUAAUGUGGGCUGGCAUGGCUACAGUGCCAGGGCUCUAUUUUUGGCCCAUUAUUGAGCAAUUUUAACAUAGUAUCAUCAUCAUAUCAGUGUAGAUGGGCCAAAAUAAAAACAUUAAAUAUAUCAAGUAAAUAAGUAAUAGUUGGUGCCACAGUGACACUCUUGACCCAAAAAGUGUUCCUAUACCACGAUACUCAAAAUGUUGUCCCACGGUGAGUCAUUUUUCCCUGUUGCACCUACAAAACAUUUGAGGGUUCCCCCACCUGCCAAAUCUCAAUUUAACCAUAAUGUACAGUAAGUAAUUGUGCAAAUAGGGCUGUCAAAGACAGAUAUUUUAAAUACAGUAUUCUUAUGAUUUAUUAUAGGGAUAGCGUUAAAUUUAGAUUUUUCUGCACUUAUGUUUGUUUUUUGUGUGCAAUCAGUUUUUCUUUUGAGGAAAGAAUUCAAAGGAGAAUACUGAGGCCACUACUUCUAUUUUAUAUUUUUAAAAUUUAAAAUAAAAAAUCUUUAGAAAUAUUCACAAGUCAUAUUACUUGCAUAACAAUUUGAAUGAAAAUUUACUAGUAAUGACCUCAAAAUACCCUAGUGAAAAAAUAGUAUGCUUAAGCACAAUUUAUCAAGAAUAACUAAAUGCAUUUAUGCCACACUAUGAAUUGGAACAACUAAUUUUGUACUAAAUGCAUUUUAGUUGUACAAAAGUAGUGCUAAAGUUCAACUAAAGUUGUAUCUAAUAUACUUGUUUGUGCUAAAGGGAAAACGACAGUCUCUGUACUGACUGCACUUCAAAUUUACAAAAAUUAAGCUCAAUGUUAAAAUUGACCAGAGUUCUCCUUUAAAUAUACCAAGUUAGUAUACUAAAAGAACAAUUGCAGGGUAUUUAUAUUAAGUACAUAAAUAUGUAAAUUUGUAGUUUACUUAGCAUAAAAUAAAUGUAUUUAAAAUACAUUUAAGUAUAUUUAUUUAGUCUAUCCUAAUUAUUUACGAUGCAUUUAAAUACAAAAUCAACAUUGACAUAAACAUGCAUUCAUGCACAACCACAAAACCGUUCUUUAAGGACACACACUCUCAUGCAGGCACUGAUGUGGACCACUAACAAUCACAGUGAGGUAGAAUAACCAUGAAUCUGCUUUCGAUUGAGGGGGUGCGAUUAGUUCCAGCGGUUCAAGUGAAGCAUUGGAAACAGAUGAAGACCUGUGGCAUGUUGCAGGCAGGGGAAAUUGAUGAGGAAGAAUGCUGGCAGGUCAACGUGCUUGUCCUGUUUAUGUCACCCUGUGGAAAGUUUAGUUAUUUUAAGAUGUUCAAAAUGUUCUGAAAAUAAUUGAACCUAGAACGUCUGCAGCUGUCUGUCAUGAACUCGAUAAGAAGACUCUAUAAUUUUAUAAUAGAUAACUCUCUUAUAAUAUGUACCAUUCAAAAGUUUGUAAUGUUGUUAUUUUGAACCUUCUAUAUUCAUCCAAAAAAAUUAUUACUGUUCCCACAAAAAAGUUCAGCAGCACAACUAUUUUCAACAUUGAUAAUAAAAAUAAAUAUUUAUUAUGCUCCAAAUCAGCAUA